AUGGACGGAUUGCCAGGUGUUGGCACUUUUGUAGAUGGACCUACUGGAUUAUUCUGGCAAAAUGGAAUCUUGUUCUAUGCAGAAAGAAAACACAUUAGAAAGUUGGAGAAUGGAACAGUAACUACACUGGCAAGUGGUUUGUCUACACCAAAUGGAUUAUUUGCUCUUAAUAACACUAUUUACUUUGCCGAAACUUCAGCUAAUAGAAUUAAGAGAAUCAACAGUGAUUUGACAAUUGACAUUGUGAGUGCAAACAAUACUUCAGGAGGAUAUAAUGGUGAUGGCAUGCUUUUUAACGCAACAUUCUUUGAUCAACCAGUCAGUUUAUGUAUUGGUAGUGAAAAUAUAAUUUACAUUACUGAUUCGAAUAAUUACAGAAUUAGAAAGGUAGAUACAGAUGGAAAGGUUAAAACAAUUGUUGGUGCAGGACUGAAUGGUUUUAAUGGUGAUGGUCUCGGUGUUGCCACAUACAUAACUUGGGCAACUUCUAUUAAAUACUGGACGAAUGGCUUGAAAUCACUAUUAUACUUUGUACAGUUGAAUGAAGGAACCAUCAGAACACUAGAUCUGAGCACUAACUUGAUUACAACCAUUGCUGGAAUUAGGGCAGCUGGAACUUUUGAUGGAGAUGGAAAAUCAGCUUUACAAACUUCAUUCUUUCGAAUGACUGAUGUUACAAUAUCAAAAAAGAAUGGAAAUAUUUAUGUUACUGAUAAGAGCAAUCAAAGGAUUCGUAAAAUUAGCAGUUCUACCAAUUUGGUUUCGACAAUUGCAGGAAAUGGAUCCAUUGGAUUUGUUGACUCAAUGUCAAAUGCCAUCAAUGCUUCAUUGUUUAAUCCAAUGUAUUUAGUUUUGACUGAUAAUGAUGAAAUAAUCUUCUCAGAGUUUGGAAAUAAUAGAAUUAGAAAAUUAACUCCAACCUGUCCAGAAGGUUACAUGUUAGAUCUUUACAAUGACACUUGUAAAAUGUCUUGUUAUGGAAAGGCGUAUAAUGAUCCCAAUGUUUGUAGUUCAAGAGGCAUUUGUGGUUCUCCUGAUAAUUGUAUUUGCUCUGGUGAUUAUUUUGGACUGGAAUGUGGAUCUCAAUGUGAUGCUUUUUCACUGCCAACUGUCAGGUCUGGAUCUAAAUGUUUGCCAUUUUGUUACUCAUUGAUGGGAAAGGUAGAUUUGAUAUUAUCAAGAGCUAAAGCUAUGGUCAAUUCAAAUGUUACUCUACAUGCGAGUAUCAAUGAUAAUUGCCUUUCAGAAGUCAAGCAAUUUUUGAAUAUUUCUUACAUGAUUACAAAACCAGAUAAUAGUACAGACACAAUUAGUACCAACGAUAUGAUGAUCAUCUUGAGUAUGAAUCAAAUAGGCGUCUAUACUGCUUCGGUUAAAAUCGAAUUGAAUUCAACCAUCAUUUUCAUUUCGAAUAACUCAAUUUCAGUAACUUGUAAAACAAAGGAAGAUUAUCUUUCAGGUGACUUGACCAAGAUUCCAGUUGAUGAACUAAUUGAUUUAGCUAACUCCCCAGAUACUUAUCAACAAAUUGGAAACUUGACUGUUCAGUCAAUUAUGAAAUCACUUGCUUCAUCACUUUCUACUCAAAUUAACCAGCAAUUAGAUUUACCUUCUCUUGCCAAGUUGACCAAUGCGUUAGUUACUGUUUCUACAAAAAAAACAUAUAUUUCAGAGGAUGUUAUUGUUGACUUGAAUAAUGCAAUGUAUAAUGUUUCAUUCUCAGUUGACAAGUUUAGUUCUAAUUCGUCUAAUUUCCAAGUUUUAGAGAGAAUUGUGACCUCAAUAGUUGAAGGUUUCACCAAUUGUUAUUCAACAUCAAACCAAACAUCACCUUCAACUGUCAACAAUUUGCUCAAUCGAGUUGUUUCUAUGGUUUCCAAAACAUCCAACAAGUCAGACGAUGAAUUUACAACAAAAUCAUCAGAAUUUACAAUUAAUGUGAAAAGAAACAUUUUAACUCAAUUUUUCAAUUCCACACACGUCAACUUGUACUCACCAAAGAAUCUAAGAGAUUCCACUAUUUCAGUUGCAACCAUUUCAUUCACAAAUCCUCUCAAAAUGGUCAACUCAUCAAAGGAUGCAGAAAAUAUUUUAACAUCAAUUCCAAUUACAGAGCAACUCUUCAAUCAGUCGAAUGUAAAUAUUAGUUUCAGUAUUUCACCAAUUGUUGAAAUUCACUAUCUCAAAAAUGGUCAAGUAAUCAAGCUGGUCAACCUUGCCGAUCCAAUUAUCUUCCAAUUUAUCACUCAAAAUAUUUCAACACUUAACAUGACUAACUACAAGGUGAAAUGUAUGUAUCUACAUGAGGAAACAAACAAAUGGUUGUCAGAUGGCUGUCAAUCUUCAUUUGAUUCAAUGUCAUCAGUUGUGACCUGCUCUUGCAAUCACACGACUAAAUUUUCAAGUUUCGUAAUGAGAGAAACUAAUCUCACCUUAUACUCUGAACAUCAAUUAGAAACUGAUAUUUCCUUAGCAGUUUCUGGAAUAACAGUCUCGUCAAUAUUCAUCUUAUGGAUUAUAUUGAUUAUUAUUGGCUUAAUCUUUACAAGAAAUACGAAUCCAAGAAAGUCAAGAUGGAUUAUUCCUUAUCUUUGCCUUACUUCACUCUUAAUUGACCUCAGUUUCUCAGAUAUUGUUUCGAAUGCCCUCUUCCUCUCCAAGGAAAUCAAAUCUUCCGAUAUUAUCAGAUCAGUUUCUGUUAUAGUGACAUCAGUUUUCUACAUUCUGGCCAUUUUCAAUUAUCUCAUUCUCCAUUUGAGAUAUAUCCUAUUCAGAUACACAUACGAAAUUAUGUUUUCUAUUGCAGUCAAGAAUGAACAGCAAAAGAUUGGUAAAUGGAUCAAAAUUGUAAAUAGCAAAGUGGCAGUUUUUGUGGUCAACUUGAUUGGAGCUGUUGUCAUUGUGAUUUACUUUGUAAUUUUCACUGCUUUGGUUAAUACUGGAUAUAUUCAAAAAGAAUACUCAAAGAUAAUGUCAGCAUCUUUCUUUGUGGUGGUUUCUUUAAUUUAUUUAAUACUUUUAAUGCUUGCCAUAUUUGAUUUCUAUAUGGAAAAUAGACAUGUCAGUAAGGAGGAGAAAUCGACAAGUGACAAGAAGAAGAUUAGCUUAUUUUUGGAUAUCUACAAGUUUAUAUUUGUGAAUGAUGUGUUGGUAUUCAGAAAGGAGUUGAUUUUUUCAUUCAUUUCGUAUUUAUUCUUUGUUUUGAACUUUGCUUUGGGUUUCUCCUCAUUGGAUAAUCCGACUGUGACUUCAUUUGCUGAGGCAUCCUAUGCAUUUGGUGUUGUAUACGAGUUCUUUAACAUUCUGGCGUUUGGAGGUUUCGUAUUCCUUGUGAAUUUUUGCUCAAUUAAUUGGAAACGUAGAAACUAUUCUAAUCAAGAUGAUGAGAAUGAAAAUAGAGAACUAGAUAUUGUACUUUCCAAUCCACAACUUUUGAAAAUAUUUGAAGAAUAUUGCAUGAGAGAAUUUUCUUUGGAAAAUAUUUUGAUUUUCAAGAAACUUGAAUCUUUACAAAAAAGUGAACUUUCACCAAUUGACAACGAGUCACUUUUUGAAGAAAUGAAAAAGGAUUACUUUAUUAAUGGAGCAGAAUUUGAAGUCAACCUUUCCUCCUCCAUGAAAAAGCAAUUUAUUCAACUUUGUUCCGAUCUGAAACAUGUAGAAAGGACUCAAGUGGAUGAAAUAUUGGAACGUUUGAGGGAUGACAUUUAUAUGAACUUGAGUGAUACAUUUUCUAGAUUUAUUUUCACCAACGAAUAUGCAUCUAUUAAUGAGUGUAUAGAAUUGAAAGAAAAAACAGGCCAGUCCUUUACAAAAUAA